ACAGUCGAUAAUAUCAAUUCGAUGGUAUUCGAUUAAUCGUUCGAACGAUAAAACGUAAUUUCGUUUUAAGUAUUUAUAUACGUAAAAUAAUAAUUAAACAAUACAUUUGUUUAUAUUUACGAAACAUCGUAAAUGUAUUCUUUAAGAAGAUUAUCCUUUUCGUUAAAUAAAUCUAUAAGAAAUUAUGUAAAAAGAUUUCUAACCUCUGAAUCUACGGCCGAAGAAGCAGUGGAAAAUACAGAGAAAGAGAAAACUAUUAUCGUUGAUAAAAGCGACAAAAUUACUUUAAUCGCUAUAAAUAGACCAGAGAAGAAGAAUGCUUUGGAUAAUGCAACAACCCAAUUACUUUGUGACGCAUUGGAUGAAUUUGAAAAGGAUGAAAAUGCUGUUGUGGGUGUACUAUACGGUAUGGGAGGAAAUUUCUGUUCAGGUUUUGACCUUCAUGAAAUUGCAAAUUAUAAUCCAGAGAAAGAAGACGAUCUACCACAAUUCGGAACACUGGCCAAUAGAAACGAAUUGAUCAGUAAACCAUUGAUAGCUUGUCUAAAUGGAUAUGUCUUGGGUGCUGGAUUGGAGUUAGCAUUGAUGUGCGAUCUACGAAUCAUUGAAGAAACUGCAGUUGUAGGAUUUAUGAAUAGGCGUUUUGGAAUACCUAUUCUAUGCGGGGGUACAGUUCGUUUAUCAGCUAUAAUCGGAUAUGCUAGAGCCAUGGAUCUGAUUUUAACAGGAAAAGGUAUCACUGGAGAAAAAGCUUACAAUAUCGGACUUGCCACUGAAUGUACUACGCAAGGCGCCGGUCUGGGUCAAGCGAUCAAUUAUGCAAAAUCUUUGGUAAAGUUUCCUCAAAAGACUUUACUGGCAGAUCGUGCCUCUACAUACUUCUCUACUUUUUCAACUAAACAAAUAGAGGAGGCAUUGCAAUUUGAAAAGGACAAUGCUCUUCAUCUUUUAACAGAAGAAGGUAUAAAAGGGGCAAAAAAAUUUGUCGAAGAAGGUAUAGGUAGGCAUGGAAAAUUUUAUAACCUUACAAAGAAAGAAGAAAAUUUCAAAGAAUUAGAUAGUAGUCUUGUGUAACAUUUAACUAUAGUCAAACAUAAUUUAUAUUCACGAUAUUUAUUUCAUUUUUCUUAUGUCCCCGAUAUAAUAUUAAAACUUAAAGUUUAUUCGAUAUUAUUAUAGACUCAUAAAGAAGUAACGUUUGUAUCACUA